AUGGCUCUGGUAGCAUACAGGCACCUGCUCCGUGCUGCGCGACUUGCAUUCGAAGGCGACGCUCCCGUCCUCGCCGCAGCUCAAUCCCAGAUCCGAAGCGAGUUCAUAAACAAGUCAGCUCUUGACCCUUCGGAAAGACCGGCCGCCAUUCAACAUGCCCAAGAUGUCGCGCGCAUCUUGAGAGAAAAUGUUGUGCAGGGAAGACGAGAGACCGAGAACGAUCACAACUACAAGUUACGAAUACACGAAUUCACAGAGAAGGGCGACAAUGACAGCAUCAAGACGGCUGGCGCUGGUGUCGCAACGGGAGGCGGAUGCUGCGGGGGGAGUGGUUCGAAAUAA